ACAGGAAUAAGCUAUUCACAGUUACACAGCACCACUUACCACGUUUUGCAGUACCUCCUGAGGAAGUCAGAAUCUGAGCCAGCAUGAAGCCUGAAUCUGGUCUUUGGUCUGAUUUAUAAACUGUACUUUUAUCCUAACAUGUGCAAGGUGGAGGUUAUAGCAUGGAAACUAAAAUCUUACUUCCUGCCUGACAUAACUCACUUCAAGAAGUGCACAAUGUCAGAACGUGGAAUCAAGUGGGCUUGUGAAUAUUGUACGUAUGAAAACUGGCCAUCUGCAAUCAAGUGUACUAUGUGCCGUGCCCAAAGACCUAGUGGAACAAUUAUUACAGAAGAUCCAUUUAAAAGUGGUUCAAGUGAUGUUGGUAGAGAUUGGGAUCCUUCCAGCACCGAAGGGGGCAGUAGUCCUUUGAUAUGUCCAGACUCUAGUGCACGACCAAGGGUUAAGUCUUCGUACAGCAUAGAAAAUGCAAAUAAAUGGUCAUGCCACAUGUGCACAUAUUUGAACUGGCCAAGAGCAAUCAGAUGCACUCAGUGCUUAUCCCAGCGUAGGACCAGGAGUCCCACAGAAUCUCCUCAAUCCUCAGGAUCUGGUUCAAGACCAGUUGCUUUUUCUGUUGAUCCGUGCGAGGAAUACAAUGAUCGAAAUAAACUGAACACAAGGACCCAGCAUUGGACUUGUUCUAUUUGCACAUAUGAAAACUGGGCCAAGGCUAAAAAAUGUGUUGUUUGCGAUCAUCCCAGACCUAAUAAUAUUGAAGCAAUCGAGUUGGCAGAGACUGAAGAGGCUUCUUCAAUAAUAAAUGAGCAAGACAGGGCUCGAUGGAGAGGAAGCUGUAGCAGUGGUAACAGCCAAAGAAGAUCACCACCUACUACGAAACGGGACUCUGAGAUGAAAAUGGAUUUUCAGAGGAUUGAAUUGGCUGGUGCUGUUGGCAGCAAGGAGGAACUUGAAGUGGACUUCAAAAAACUAAAACAAAUUAAAAACAGAAUGAAAAAGACUGAUUGGCUAUUCCUCAGUGCUUGUGUGGGGGUUGUAGAAGGUGAUUUAGCUGCUAUAGAAGCGUACAAAUCAUCAGGAGGAGACAUCGCCCGUCAGCUCACGGCGGAUGAAGUGCGCUUGCUGAACCGUCCUUCUGCCUUUGACGUUGGCUAUACUCUGGUGCAUCUGGCUAUCCGUUUUCAGAGGCAGGACAUGCUAGCAAUAUUGCUUACAGAGGUGUCUCAGCAAGCUGCAAAGUGUAUCCCAGCAAUGGUGUGUCCUGAACUGACAGAGCAGAUCCGGCGGGAGAUAGCUGCCUCUCUCCAUCAGAGAAAGGGCGAUUUCGCUUGCUAUUUUCUGACUGACCUUGUAACAUUUACAUUGCCAGCAGAUAUUGAAGACUUGCCUCCAUCAGUCCAAGAAAAAUUAUUUGAUGAGGUGCUUGAUAGAGAUGUUCAAAAAGAGUUAGAAGAAGAAUCUCCAAUUAUAAACUGGUCCUUGGAAUUGGCUACACGUUUGGAUAGUCGACUGUAUGCACUUUGGAACCGGACUGCAGGAGACUGCUUACUUGAUUCAGUACUACAAGCCACCUGGGGCAUUUACGACAAGGACUCGGUGCUUCGGAAAGCCCUGCAUGACAGCCUGCAUGACUGUUCCCAUUGGUUUUAUACUCGUUGGAAAGAUUGGGAAUCCUGGUAUUCUCAGAGCUUUGGUUUACAUUUUUCCCUGAGAGAAGAGCAGUGGCAAGAAGACUGGGCAUUUAUACUCUCUCUUGCUAGUCAGCCUGGAGCAAGUUUGGAACAGACUCACAUUUUUGUACUUGCACAUAUUCUUAGACGACCAAUUAUAGUUUAUGGAGUGAAAUAUUAUAAAAGUUUCCGGGGAGAAACUUUAGGAUAUACUCGGUUUCAAGGUGUUUAUUUGCCUUUGUUGUGGGAACAGAGUUUUUGUUGGAAAAGUCCGAUUGCUCUGGGCUAUACAAGGGGCCACUUCUCUGCUUUGGUUGCCAUGGAGAAUGAUGGCUAUGGUAACCGAGGUGCUGGUGCUAACUUGAACACCGAUGAUGAUGUCACCAUCACGUUUCUGCCUCUGGUUGACAGUGAGAGGAAGUUACUCCAUGUGCACUUCCUUUCUGCUCAGGAGCUAGGUAAUGAGGAACAGCAAGAAAAACUGCUCAGGGAGUGGCUGGACUGCUGUGUGACUGAGGGGGGAGUUCUUGUUGCCAUGCAGAAAAGCUCUCGGCGGCGAAAUCACCCCCUGGUCACGCAAAUGGUAGAAAAAUGGCUUGACCGCUACCGACAGAUCCGGCCUUGUACAUCCCUGUCUGAUGGAGAGGAAGAUGAAGAUGAUGAAGAUGAAUGAAAAAAAAUCAAAGAGCAGAAGACCAAGAUAUCGGCUCUGCGGGGUGACCCCAACGUUAGUGUGGUGCUCCAGGCAGAGCGCGGGGCGUGGGAUGAAGCGACUGGCAGGAUCUGCUCGGAAGAGUUUUUUCUGAUCCACACCCACUGGAGGUUAUGCAUCUGCUGUGUGAGGAGACAGAAAACUUUGUUUGGACUACAGUUUGUAAAAACUAAUUUUAUUAAGACAGAACUUUUUUCCUUUCAAAUUGUAAAUCUGUCUAUAAAUGUAACGCAUGUGGUUGUGUAAGAAGUUGUGUAAUAGGAAAAGUUGUACCAGCAUCUUCAUAUUAUUGAGAAGUUGCUUCCAGCAUGGGCACCUCCAAAAGCACAUGGCAGGUGACUUUGUUCCUUUGAGAUGCUCUUUUUUAAGUAGAACCCGGCAUUCUACUUCCAUCUUAAAAAAAUCCAUUUUACAUUAAGUCUCACUAGAGCUUGUUAGAGAUUUGGAAACUUUUUGUACAAAUUAUCCACAACAAAACAUAAAAAUAAAAACAAGCUUUUAUUUUAUUAAUAAUUUAGUUCCUGUCAUGCCCAAUAAAAUAAAAUCAAAUCUUUAAGGAACAAAUUGUAAGUAAAGUAAGGAUUUCUUUUGAGUGAACUUCACAUGGACAUCGUUCCCUUGUUUUGGAAAGGGUUUUGGUUUCUGCUAGUUUGUCUUUUUAAAGUUUGAUAUGCCCCUUUUCAGUAUUUGUAUUUAUUUGUUUGGAAGAGUGCCCUUGAAGUGAGGGUUCUUCUGCCUUAGUCUGGCAGCAGGCUCGUCAUGAGGAGUUACUCCGUGGAUGUAAAUUAGCGCUUGGGGAGCGGGCCCACUUGCAACUGAAUGAAUGAAUCGUGUGAAAUUUGCUCACUUGACCCUAUGACAACUCCCAAGUUGCCAUGCAGAGGGAGGGUCUUUGGAUUCUGUCUUUUAUCAUCAACUCUGCUUUAAGCAAAUCGUGUUAGAAAGGCAUGCCUUUGCUUGGGCUAAUUGGGAAUAUCAGUUCAGUACAAAGAUUUAAGGAUGCA